AUGUUGUUGAAAAAUUAUGACAAGAAUAUACGACCACCUCCGAGUAAUGUUUCAGGUAAGUUUUGUUUUCUACCUAUAUUUUCAUUGCUUACUUAUGUAUAGGUUUUAAGUAAGUAAAGAUAUUGUAGCAGUUUUUUAAAUAUUAAAUUUUUUUAGCAAAAGAAGGUCCAGUGUUAGUCAAGGUUAACAUGUUGAUUCGAAUGCUGAGCAAAAUCGAUGUAGUUAACAUGGUAAGUCUUGUAUUUACUAUAAGAAGGCUGUAAGCUUUUGCAACACUCUCCGCUAUAUACAGAUCCAAAACGUCAUUUAUAAGGUAUAUAUAUAAUACAUCAAAACUCUGUACAACAAUAGCACAAAAAUCUAAAGUUUCUUCGUUAUGAGAAUGUUUUGUUAUAGAAUGCACUGUGUAGCCGUAGACGGAGAUUCCGAAGUUGCUUUUUAUAGAGGAGAUAGUUAUACAGUACUUCCAUUGUACGGUUAAAAAUAUCUUACAAUUUCAGGAGUACAACAUGCAAAUAACGUUACGAGAACAAUGGCCAGACCGUCGAUUAGCCUACGAAAAGUUCAGUAACAUAUCGUACAAACCCAAGUUCCUGACUGUCCCAUACGCCGCUAAACAUAUCUGGAUGCCCGAUUCGUUUUUCCCGGUAAAUUAAACUUUUUACAAAUUUUGAAGUUCAAAAUUUUAAUUUUUAAUCUUGAUUUGAAACUUUAAUUUUAGAAAGUUAAAUUUAAAAUUCUCAAUUUCAGACUGAAAAGAACGCUCAUCGGCAUCUUGUGGACACAGAAAACAUGUUUAUUAGAAUCUACCCAGAUGGUACAGUUUUGUACAGUGUCAGAUUGUCAUUGACUUGUUCUUGUCCUAUGUAUUUGGCUGUAAGCUUGCGGUUUUGUCUUCAAAAGAAUUACUAAAUUUUGCCUAAUUCAACUUUUUAAAAACAAAAAACUUCGCUUUUCCUAAACGAUCUAGACUGGCUUUUAACACGCCAAAUUUUUAAUAAAAAGAACUUUAAACUUAAAAUAUAGCUUAAUAAUAACCUAUUUUACAAUCAAAGUACAAUUUUUUACAAAACUUGACAUUUGAAACGCUAUUUUUAAGGUUUUUAGCGAAAAAACCGGCUUUUGUUUAUUGCAGCAAAAGUGAAAAGCAAAGGAAAAGAAAGAAGUAAAAAAUAAAUUGGGGGAGAGACGUCGGCUGAGUGGUCUAGUGGUAUGAUUCUCGCUUAGGGUGCGAGAGGUCCCGGGAUCGAUCCCCGGCUCAGCCCAAGAAACUUUUUUGGGUUUUUGAUCUCUUAUUGCUGUAGAAAACUUUGAAAUUACCCAUUUUUCAAAUGAAGGCCGUAUUUUAAAAUACUUUUACAAUAAAUUUGUCAUUUUUUGCUAUCUCAAUUGCGGUAAUUUAGCUAUAAAAUCACAUAAAUUUAAUUUUAAACAUGGAUGUUAAGGUAUAAUAGUUAAAAUUAAAGAAAAUAUGUUUUAGUUGUACCCAUUGGAUGUUCAACACUGUGACUUUGACCUAAUCAGUUAUGCGUUCACUACAAAAGAUAUUAUGUACGAAUGGGACACUUCAGGCGAGCCAGUACAGAAGAAAGCUGGGGUUGGGACAGACCUGCCAAACUUUCACUUGGCUGAUAUUAACACUGGAAUUGAGUGUACUAGCCAUACUAAUACUGGUAAUACUUCUUUUCUAGCCUUUCUAUAAUUUUACGUACUUUAGUAGCUUAUUGUUAGUACAAUAUUAACUUUCAGGCAGCUACGCGUGUCUUCGAAUGCGUUUGAAGCUGACCCGUCUACUACAAUAUUUUGUACUACAACUGUAUGUUCCGACCGGUAUGAUUGUGAUUGUCAGUUGGAUGAGUUUCUGGAUUGACAGUAGCUCAACUGCAGGUCGAGUAGCGUUGGCAGUUACUACGCUUCUCACUUCGUUUACUAUGCAAACCUCGAUAAACGCGAAGUUACCGCCAGUAAAUUAUGUCAAAGUAAUUGAUGUUUGGCUUGGGAGUAGGUUUUUGUUUUAUUAGUGUAAGGUUUCUGAUUUGCUAUCAGUUUAAUUGUAUUAUAUUACAUUAUUAAAACUACUUUACAUUUUUAUUUUCAGCGUGCCAAACCUUUGUAUUCUUGUAAGUUUGCAUUUUUUUGGCUUUUAAAGAAAGUUAUCGCCUUUUUAGAAAAAAAAGUUUUCACAGCCUGGGGGGAUUAAAUGACAGUAAACUUUUAAAUUUUGCAAUAAAACUUACUUUUCAACUAAAAAAAGCAAACCUUGGUUCUCGCAGUCUGCGAGUGACAAGUUAUACGAUAGAUAAUAACUCUUUAAAGUUCUUUACAUAAGUAAAGAUUUUUGUAAAUUUAGUGCACUAAUAGAAUACGCUGUGGUAUGUUACAAAGAAACCAACAUACAGAAUGAAAAAGCAGCUGAAAUGAAGCUUCGGAAAACAGCAACGGCCGAAAGACCUGGGGACAUUCGAAAAAGGAGAUCCUCGACUACCUUGCACUUGUGGGGUAGGUUUAUAACUAUAUUUCAACCUAAAACUUAAUGAAGCUAUCAAGCUGACCCAUAUUUAUGAAAUAAAAAAAAUGAUGCGUAUUUUACAAAUUGUUGCCCUAAAAUCUACAAUCUUUAAAGUCACUCCUAUAUUGUUAUAGGCCAUGGAAACCUCCCAAUCAAUAUUCGCAUCCCUCAGAGCCCUAAGCCCCGUCUUAUCAACCAUGGUACCCUUAUCAGCUGGCAUGCUGACCGGCACUAUGGCCGAUCGCAUGGUCGCUUCCGAAUGUUGUGGUCGUAUGAGGCCGGCCUUCGCCUACCGUACUCCCAUCAACAUUUCGAGCCGGUCGAUUUGGCAAAUGCUCAAAAAUAA